AUGGAUUCCGAUGAGGCGCCUCCUCCGCCAUACUCUGCUGUCGACCCAUUGGUCGGCGAGAACAAUGGUAGGAAUACCAACCAAGCGUCAUCGACGGACCCCCAGCGGUCUUCCCUUCAGCUCCGCGGCGGAAAUGCACCGUUACGAGAUAUAUUUUCCAGGAGUGGCGCAAGUUCCGUUUCUGAUGAGCCCAUGCCCGACAAUUUCGUUUCUGCUGCCGCUUAUUUCACAGAGCGACCACCCAGCGUCCAUGACGAGCGGAGCAUCCUCCAUCACCACUUGACCAUAUACCCGCGGAGUCAGUCAAAGGAUUUUCCGCGUCGACCUCGCUGUUGGAGUUCACGAAGGGAGGAGAUAAUUCAGCAGGACUGGGAUAUGUUCCUGAGAUAUCUUUUCCCUCCACAUCUCGGGCUCGCGGCUUCAUCUGGACAUCUUCCCCGUCAGUUGAGAGCACAAAUACAGCGGGAUCGAAAGGAUCGUCCACAGGAAACAGACGAGCAGCGCAAAAUGCGGAUUGCUGCUGUGAUUGAGGAAUGGAAUCAGUACUUCUUUGAGCCUCGUGCAACUCGCAUUGUGUUCGUCUACGUAACGGACCCCAAAAAUGCGCCAUCAUCACCUCUUUGUCCCAAGUGUUAUCCUGCUGCAACGCAAUCUACACAGGAAACCCAACAGCCGCAGGCUCUUGAGGUCGCUGGAGGCCGACAGUCCACGCUCCCAAACUUGCCGCCGGUCCCGGGUCAGCCUGUGGUGCCCCAAGCAAGCGCUGGUGGAUAUUAUCCUGGGACUUAUGCGUUUCCGAAUACUCCCGCUCCUCCUACUCCUGUUCUCCCUGUUGUUCCUGUCACACAUACACCAUAUGGCCCUCCCGCAUUCUAUCAUCACCCGAAUCCUUCCGCGCCGCCCCCUCCUGCAUAUCCGCCUCACCAACCCUAUCCAUGGGGAUGGAAUAAUGCGCCAUAUUAUCAGCCUCAAAGCACGGCGCCGUCCAAAGGUGGGCCACUCGGCUGGUUCUCUCAACUGGCCUCCCAGGCCCAAAAGUACGGCGAACGUAUUACCGAACAAGCCCAGCAGUAUGGGGAUCAGAUUAGCGCACAAGCUCAGUAUUAUGGACGACAGGUUGAAGAACAGGCCGUGGCUCAUGGUCGCUGGAUCGAGCAACAAGCUGGCUUUCAUGGAAAGAAAGUCGAAGACCCCUAUGCAGGUGUGGUCAAUCGGCCCCAGGGGAACUGGGCUGUGAACGAUCCACGCUACCAGGCUUACUAUGCAAAUUACUACAACUACCACUAUCCCAAUCAAAAUCAAAAUCAAAACCAAAAUCAACAAGUCAGCGGUGUGAUAACCGCUCCCACUGAAACUAACACCGCCACCGCUCUCACCACCACCAAUAACAACAAUCGAAGCUUAAUCACUCCCCCUCAAAAUCAACGUCCUCGAAGAUCUUCUGUUGAUUCUACAUCUUCUGAAUCAUCUCUUACAUCCAUUGAUUCAAUUUCUACGACUUCUGAUCUGAGCUCUUCCGACCUUGCUACGGUUCGUGCGCAGCUCGUAUCAUUAAACGACCGCCAUGACCGUGAGCUGUAUGAGGCGGCAGUGGGCCUUCGGCGACAGCUUGAUGUCUUGCAAGAGUCCCGACGCCAGGCACGUAUAUCUGGGCGUGGAUCGUCUUGGGGUAAUGGAUGGGGAAAUUACCCGCAAAACCAUGGAUAUGGACGUGGUAGCUGGGGGCGAUGGGAAUCGCCACAACAGCAGCAACGGAGCUGGGCCGAAAAGCGAGCUAUGAAGGAGGAGAUGCGAAGCACCAAGAAAGCCUUCAAGGACGUAAUACGUCGUGCACGGGAGGAACAACGUGAGCAGCGACGAAGUCGGCGAGCUCGUCGGCGCCAGGAACGCCGGUCAAGGCAGACACAAAGAGAAGAAACACCGCAAGAGCUGCCUCUGGAACAACGCUUGGAGAACUUGGAGUUGGAUAGGAAUGGUGAUAAUCCUUCCACCGUUCGAUCAUCGGCGUCGUUUCCUUCCACUGCGCGGUCCGUCUCUAGCUCCGAAGUUAGUGACAUCAGUUCCAUCAGCACACCA